AUGUCUGAUUCAGUAGACUUAAAAGUGCGAUUAAAUAAAUAUGGAUACAAGUAUAAAUUUAUUAAAUUAUCAGAACUGGUAGCUGACAAAAGAUAUGAAGUUACUGCUUUUGAACUUGUUAUUAUUAAUGGGUGGGAUACAGUAUCUGUUGUAUUUGAUAAUAAAUAUAAGCUCAUUUUACCAGAUAGAUUUUUUAAAACUAUUUCUGAAAAUAUAUAUGAAAUGAAUGAUAAAGAGUGGUCUACACUUUACCUUUAUUACAGGUAUAAAAAAAUACUUGAUAAUGGAGAUUCAUACCAUCGUAUAGAGUUUGAAGGUAAUUCUUUUGACACUACUGUAAUUAAAGUAUUAAAGAAAUUAAAUGAAGAAGAUUACAAAUAUACAAAAUUAUCUGAUUUAAAUAUCAAUGAACUUUAUAAAAUAACAACAAUUAGAAAAGUAGAUACAAAAUAUGGUGAAAGAGUUUCUGUUGUAUUAAACAAUAAGGAUAUGCUAUUAUUACCCCAAAGGUUUGACUUUCUUAACACGAUGGCCGACAUUACAGAACCGGUCAAUGAUGUGGAUGUUUUUGAUUCAUUAUUGGACAAACCUGCUAGUACUAGUUCUAAGCAAAUUAAGAAUUACAAGGUUGGUGAUAUUGUUUGGGCUAAAAUUGGGAAGUAUCCAUAUUGGCCAAGCAUUGUCUGUGUUGACCCAACAUUGAAUAUUCAUUAUAAAGAAAAAAAGCGAUUAUUGAUACAUGUCCGCUUUUGUAAUGAUAAAGGUAAAAGAAGUUGGGCCAAAACUACUGAAAAUUACAAUGGAAAAUGUGAAUUACUUUUAAAGUAUCCUAAUACUUUAACUUACUUCAAGAAUAGUAAAAAGCUUAUUGAUACGUGGGAAUUGGCAGUUGAAGAAGCUGAUAAUUUGAUGAAAAUUGAUAGAGAAUCGAGAUUGGUAGAAUUUUUCAAAUCUUUUUGUAAUUCAGAUUCUGUAACUCCAUCUGUUUUAAAAAAAUCAUCUGAAUGCACUGUUGCUGCGUUAAAAGUACGUAAUUAUUCAAGAAAAAGAUCUCUAGCAGUUUCUGAACAAGAUAAUGAUUCCAAAAUAAUGAAGACUGAAAACAUAGAUAUGAAUCGUACAUCAUCAGGAUCAAUAGACAUAGGUUUAAAAGUAAAACAGGAAACUAUGAAAAAAAAAAGAUCAACAAAAACGUGUCCACCAAAAAGUUCAGUUGCCAAUAAAUAUGACUUAUCUUCUUCAAUAAUGAAUUCUCCAGAAAAUAAUGAUAGUAAUAGUGUAUCUGAUAAUCAAGAUAAAUACCCAGUUACAACCGCAACAUCUUCUACUCGUUCGGUACCUCAUCAUAGGAAACUUGAAACAAGCAUAUUAGAAGGAAAAUAUGAUCAAGAUAAUAUUAUUUUUCCAAGUUCUUGUCGUUCAAAAAAAAAAAUAAAUACAUUUCACAUAGAUUCCAACUCAAAUAAAGAAAUCAAUUUAAUUAACGGUGAUCAUACUAUACGUUUACAAAGUUCAUCCAAUUCUAAGAAAACAGUUACUAGAAAACAACUUAUUGAAAAAGAAAACUCUAUUGGAAGGUAA